AUGGAGAGAGGCGCAGCGCGACACGGCUGCUGCUGGUCCUAACGUGAUGACAGCUGACUGCGGGGACGCUCAGAGCCGCGGACCACCACCGUGUCACACUUUGGACAAACACUGACAACAUGACUUCUCGGAGCCUCACGACAGAAACAAAGCUGCUGCUCUCUCGGGAAUAAUGACUCCUCCUCGACUCGUGGAGGUGUAGCUGCUUCAAAAAAAAAAAAAAAAAAAAAAGUUGUGUCGCGGAGAAAAGAAGCUCCACCACCACCUCAACCACCACCACCACAUCAGCAGGCUGAAGAAGUUGGAUAUCUUGUCUGACUGGCUCCCACGUUUUACCCGUUCAGACUCUUUUCAGGUUAUGAGUGAUGGAAGCAGGAUCGGUGGUGCGUGCCGUGUUCGAGUUUCUCCCCAGUGUCUCGGAGGAGCUGCCACUCUUCACUGGUGAUGUCAUCGAGGUGCUCAGUGUCCUGGAUGAGUUCUGGUUGCUUGGUAACAAAGAUGGCGUCACAGGUCAGUUUCCCAGCACCUUUGUGGAAGAGGUCACCAUUCCCAGCACGAAGCCUGGAGACAGACUGUAUGUGUGCAUCAAUGAUUACAGCUCAGCAGAGCCGGGCAACCUGUCACUGAAGAGAGGUGAUGUGGUAGUUGGAGAGGCAGGGGGGUGCAUGAACCUUGGAGAAACCUGGCAGCGUGGUUGUAAUGCCUGGGGCGUCCGCGGUGUCUUCCCAACAUCAUGUGUAAAGGAGCUGAACCUCUCUGGCCGCUCCAGGCUGCUGUCUGAACGCUCGGCUCAAGCCCAGGCAUCAGAGCUCCCACCUUAUGCCCUGGGCCAGGCUCGAGCCCUUAUGAAUCUCCAUGCACAGCUCAAUGAGGAGCUGGACUUCCGUGAGGGGGAUUUGAUCAUCAUCACCGGCCUGCCUGAGCCGGGCUGGUUCCAAGGGGAGCUGGAGGGCCGCAGGGGCAUCUUCCCAGAGGGAUUUGUGGAGCUCCUUGGUCCCCUUCGUUCACCUCAAGAACCUGUGGACUGCCGGUAUUUGAACAAUGACUCUGAAUUUAGCUAUGAGGACCCAUAUGAUGCAGGAGAGGGGACCGAGGAGGAAGGUGUAGAAGAAGGAGAGGUCUUUGAGAGAGAGGAAGAGGAGCAGAAGGAGGUUGUAGUAGUAGAAGAGGAAGAGGAGGAGGAGGAGGAAGGUGGUGUCUAUGCAGUGGCACUGUAUGAGUUUCGGGCCAUGGAACCAGGUGAGUUGGACUUUGAUAUGGGAGAUCGCAUUCGUGUAAUAAGUACUAUGGAAGAUGGUUGGCUGGAGGGUCAGCUGCGAGGGCGACGUGGUAUUUUUCCUCAUCGUUUUGUCAAAAUAGAUGAUGAUGGACAAAAGGCUUCAGAUGACUCACAUGCUGUUGAACCUGAAGGAGAUAAAGAGAACAGCUGUACAUCUGAAUACAGCUCAGACCCGGUAUGUCCCAAUGGGCCAGAGAAUGAGCCCGAAUGGAGGACAUAUGAGGAUCAUACAGUAUGGGACUUGGACUACUUUGAAAAGACUGAGGAGCAGAGGUGUCAAAAUGUAAACAACAGAACUGAAACUGAAACUACCAAUAGAGGACGAGGACAUGAAGGUAACAGGCCUGACUCUCAGCCUCGUAGACCUGUCGCCCCAGCACAGAGAAGGCCUGAGCGACCCAAAUCAACUCCUCCCGCAAGGCCCAGACUCCCAUCUCGGCCUAGCCCGCCUGCACGUAGCCAUAGACACCAUAGCCCAUCAACUGGCGCCAGUCAGUCUAAGUAUACAAAUGGUAGCUCUCGAUCUUUACAGUCCAAACUAAGCCAUAGCCUAACCCUCCCUAGAAGUCACUCUGGUUGGUCUAAAGAGAGCAGAUACUACCAGAGUUCAUCAGCAGAAGGUGCCACCACCAAUACCAGAAGUCCCAGUCUCGGCCAGGCUUUAUUUAAACUUGCUCAGGCCCAUAAACAGAAGAAACUAACUCGCCACGCAAGUGUCAGUGAUGCUGAUAUGAUGAUGGGCAGCUCUGAGAUACGGCGUUCCCAGACGAUGCGUGGCUCCAAUGGUUUAACGCCAACAUCCAUCACCUUGGAUGCCUUGGCAAGCUCAACCAGUGACCUGGAGACAAAGCUGACCCAGCAGCUUUUCGAAUUUGAGAAAAGUUUGACUUCUUCAUACAGUGAUACUGACAUGAGUUCAGGUGCUUCCAGGGACAUGUCCUUUGUAGGUGACCUGAGCCAGCAAUCUCAUAUCUCACGCCACUUUUCCAUUCUGGACUUCAGCGAUGAAAGGGAUAUCAUCCGAGGCUCCAUGCACUCACCCGUGUCCCAACACUUGCAGUCAAACUCGGCCUGUUCCUCACUUGAGAGGCGCAGGACCCUUCGCCCUCCUCCUCCUCGUCCUAGAGCUCAUCGUCCGCCAGCCCCAGCUGCAUACAAACCAGCCCGCCCUGCUCCACGUCCUCCUCCUCGUUGCCCGAGACAAAAUACUGCUCCUCCAUCCAGCAGCCAGAUCUUCUACACUCCUGACGAACCAGCUAUAAACAUCCUAGACCAAAAAACAGAAGGGCAGGACGAGUUUGGUGACCUUGCAGCUGCCCAGGACCAAGAAAUCCAGCGGCAACUGGAAGCCGAGAAAGAGCUGGAGAGAGAGAUGGAGCUGGAAAGUCAGAGACAGCAGGAAGAGGAGGAAAGGUAUCAGCUGCUGCUACGUCUGCAAGAGGUAGAGCACGACAUGGAGGCAUACGCCCACACAGCGGAAGAACUCAGGACCAUGUUGGAGGAGGAGGAAGAUGAGACGGCCCGCAUGCAAGCCAUGGAGAAUCUGGAGUUCUGCAACUACACGCUGGAGACACUUGCCCUGGAGCAGCAGCAGCUACAAGAGAUGACGCUCCUGUCGUCCCAACCCAAGCCCCUGGAAUCUGCGCCGACCGGGGACUCGCCAGCCACAGCCGGCACAGGCUCAGAGGACCCCGAGCUGAGGAUGCUGGAAAAGAGGUCAAAGGUCAUCGAGGAGCUGCUGCAGACGGAGAGGGACUACAAGAAAGACCUGCAGAUGUGCGUGGAGGAGAUCAUCAAGCCACUGCAGAAGAAGCAGGUUAAAAACGUGGACUUUGAGGGUCUCUUUGGCAACAUCAGCUCUGUGAUCAACCUGUCAGAGCGCCUGCUUGAGACCCUGCAGGACACGGACUCUAUUGGAAAGGUAUUUCUGGACUUCAAAGCCGAGCUGGAGGAGGUGUACAAGAUCUACUGCCAGAACCACGACGAUGCCAUCUCUCUGCUGGAGAGCUACGAGAAAGACGAACACAUCCAGCGCCAUGUGCUGGAGUGUCUGGAGAAACUGAGGGCCAUAUAUCGCAAGUGGGGGAAAACAAACUACAUCAACCUCGGCUCGUUCUUAAUCAAGCCGGUGCAGCGGGUGAUGCGUUACCCUCUGCUGCUGAUGGAGCUGCUGGGGGCCACGCCGGAGAACCACCACGACCGGCUCUACCUGACUGAGGCUCUGCAGGCCGUCAAGGAGAUCAACGUGAACAUCAACGAAUACAAGCGCAGGAAAGAUCUCGUGGUGAAGUACAGGAAAGGCGACGAGGACACGUUCAUCGACAAGAUCUCCAAGCUGAGCAUGCACUCCAUUAUCAAGAAGUCUAACCGAGUCAGCAGCCACCUCAAACACCUCACAGGAAUUUCACCCCAGAUUAAAGAUGAAGCGUUUGACGAGGCCGAGAAGAAGUUCAGGCUGCAGGAGAGACUCAUCAAGUCUUUUAUCAGGGACAUUUCCUUGUACCUGCAACAUAUAAGGGAAUCAGCGUCUGUGAAGGUUUUGGCAGCCAUCAGUUUCUGUGACAUCUACACUGAGCGCAGCAUCCUCGAUCCAGAGCGCUUCCAGAGGGCUCACCGUUGCAUCAGUGACAAACAGUUCACACAGUUUAAGGAGCGCACAGAGGCUCUCGUCAUCAACCCGCUCACCCAGCUCCUCCUCAUGUUCGCCGGGCCGCACAAACUCAUCCAGAAGCGCUUCGACAAGCUGCUGGACUACGACAACUGCAAGGAGCGUGCCGACCGCCUCAAGGACCGCCGCGUCCAGGAUGAGCUGCAGGCAGCGCGCAACAACUACGAGGCGCUCAACGCCCAACUUCUGGACGAGCUCCCCAAGUUCCACACCGCAGCAGAGGACCUGUUCACCGGCUGUGUGACGGCUUUCGCGCAGGCUCAGAGGGACUUCAUGAAGACCACAAUGGGAGAGCUGAAGCCCCUCCUACAGGUUUUUUCUAGCAAAGUUGGAACGGAGGGUAACCUGAUCGCACAGUUCCAAGAAGAGUACGGACGAGUUCUCCAGCUUCUGCAGGGCUUCAGCUUCUGCCCGGAGAACCUGCCUCCAGCCACAACUACGAAAAAGCCCUUCGAGAAGAAGACUCUGGAGAAACCAACCUCUAAAAAACCACUGCCAGGAGCUCCCACGUGCGCCACACAGACGGAUGAGCACCGUGCUGAACUUCUGGUACACUACGGUCCUGAGAAACUUUUCCAGGCAGAGAGGAACUUUAAUGCGGCUCAGGAUCUGGACGUGUCUAUACAAGAGGGAGACCUUGUGGGUGUCAUCAAGCAGCAGGACCCCAUGGGAAGCAACAACCGCUGGCUGAUUGAUAAUGGAAUCUCCAAGGGUUUCGUGUACAGCUCCUUCCUCAAACCCUACAACCCACGCAGGAGCCAGUCAGAUGUGUCCAUCGAGAGCCAGUCCUCCAAUGAGUCAGGGUACGGCGGCUCCUCCCCCGUCUUCUCCCGCCAAAACAGCAACAGCACGCUGACCUUUAACCAGGAAACUGCCACCGUCAGCUUCUCCACAUCGCAGCCCCCAAGUCAUUCAUCGCCACACCCAUCUCUGGACUCUGCUUCAUCACGUAGGAGUCACCACAGGGAUGUACCCAACCCUGACUCUGCCAGUCAGAGCAACUCCAUAAACUCCUCGCCCCGAAAUCCCUCAAACCGCAGGGAGUUCUCAGACCAACCACACCGAAACUCUGCCGGUCACAGAGACACAGAGCCCUCUUACCGGCAUUCGGGUAAUCACAGAGACAUGUACGAUACAAGUUAUGGAAGUAGAAGCAGCCAGAGGGAGAUGUCAGACCUCUCGGAGACGGAGUCGUAUUCUUCACUCAGAAACAACCGCUCACAGCGGUAUGGACACACAGACAAAAGCUACAGUUCAUACCAGUGGAGAAAUGGAGAUAAUGGCGGCCAGAAGAGGUCUGCGUACUCCAGAGAUGAUUACAUCGAGCCGGAGCCAGAGCCAGAACUAGUAGACGAGACUGAAGGAGACGGUCAUCAGAUUUACUACGCCCUCUACUCCUUCGAUGCCCGUUGCACCAACGAACUGAGCAUUUCAGCCAACCAGCAGCUGCGGAUUCUAGAGUUCCAGGACAUGAAUGGUAACAGCGACUGGUGGCUGGGAGAAGCAGGAGGCCGGCGAGGCUAUGUGCCUUCUAACUACAUCCGCAAAUCAGAAUACACAUGAAUCAGCGGAUGAUACCUGAGACUAUAUUUGGACUGGAAGAGGGCUGCAAGCAGACAGAACAAAAAGAAACGACCAUCUGGACACGCUGUGACUCACUUUUGAUCUGUUUUCAUGGAGUUUGGUAGUGAGAAGGUCUGACUAUUGCUGCUGACUCUACUCCUUAAAAGUUAGCAUUAUAUGCCUAUAUUUAUAGACUUUUUAUAUUAUUUUUACAUUCUGUUGUUUCCGGCAGAAAACCUGUGAAUUGCACCAGAUUUUUUUGCCAUAUUCUCUGGAGCUGAAGACAAUGAAUUGUACGUUUUUUUAAGAUAACGGUCUUAAAAGUUAGCACAUUGGGAGAUUGCAAUGGAAAUGUGAAUACUUUGGGUUCAGGCUGGUUCUUCUAAGCAAACAUCAAGUGGUAUAGAGACAGACCAGCCUAAAUACUGUGUUAAUGAAUUGUAUUCUGCAUGUGGCUUAUUACACCACUAGAAUUAUGCAUGAACAUUAGAUGCAUUUAUGCCGUACUGUUGAACAAUCAAGGAUUGAGGCACUUAGGAUGAUUAUCCACUGGUUGCUGGUUUUGAAGUGUCUGUGGAGCCAUCAACAACAAUGUGGAGUGUUGUAUGAAAUAAAAGCAUGGACAAAGUUGAAUGGCAUAUUUAUAUAUGGUUUACAAGCACUCUUCCCCCCAUCAGUAGCCUGAAUACACUUUGGGUUGACACUGUGCAAACAGGUGACGGCCCUUUAACCUGUCGGAGGUUAACAAACAGGGAGAGAGAUAGUGGUCUGAUCUUUACUCUGAUUUCUCCACAUACUCCCCGUGUACAUUAUAUAUAGAGCUGUACAUUGAGUAUAUGAUAUUGCUCCCACUGUAAAGUGAUCACUGUUUGAAUAAAAAACAGCCCAGCUGACAAAUAA